AUGGGCAGUCCUCAGCGUUCAGCACUCAUCCUCUAUGGCUCUGAGACCGGCAAUGCGCAAGAGGUGGCUGAGGAAUUGGGGGCCCUGACCGAACGCCUCCGGUUCGCGACGCAUGUGUGCGAGUUGAAUCAGUCCAGCCCGGAAACGCUGUUUUCCUACACCCUCACUAUAUUCGUCGUCUCAACCACUGGCCAGGGCGAUCUCCCUGCGAAUGCACGGACGUUCUGGAAGUCGCUACUCUUGAAGCGGCUACCGGCCACAUAUCUGAAGGGGGUCAAUUUUGCGUCCUUUGGGCUGGGCGAUAGUUCCUAUCCAAAGUUCAAUUGGGCAGCACGCAAGCUCUAUAAGCGAUUGUUGCAGCUAGGCGCCAAUGAAAUUUACCCGUCUGGCGAAGCAGACCAGCAGCAUCCAGAAGGACUCGAAGGCACAGUCAUACCAUGGAUGACGGAUUUUCGGAAGCAUUUGCUGGACAGGCAUCCGCUUCCCUCGGGGCAACAUCCAAUCCCAGAUGAUGUUCAACUGCCACCGAAAUGGAUCUUACGUCCAAAUGAAGGAGAACCCUGUAGCGCCGCAGAGAAACACCCCGUUGCAGAGAAAUCCGCUGCGCUGCUCCACCUGGAGCACGAUACCAGACCCCUUCCACACACUCUCUCCGCCACAUUAGUCGAGAAUCGACGGGUGACGCCACCCAAGCACUGGCAGGAUGUGCGGCACAUCUGCUUGACUGUGCCUGAAUCUGUCUCCUAUGUCCCAGGUGAUAUGAUCGCCAUUACUCCCAAGAGUGUCCCGGCCGACGUCCAAACCCUGAUUGACUUGAUGGGCUGGAAUGAGCAAGCAGACCAACUAAUCUCACUGGUUCCUACGGGCAAUAUUCCAGCACCUCCACCAAUCCCCGAUCUCGACUCCUACCCCAACCUCACCUUACGCAUGCUCCUCACUGACUAUCUCGACCUCAAAGCCAUACCUCGGCGAUCCUUCUUUUCCACAAUUGCACACUACACAAACGAUUCCAUGCAUAGAGAGCGGCUAUUAGAAUUUACCAACCCGGAGUAUCUUGACGAACUCUGGGACUACACGACGCGGCCUCGGCGCAGUAUCUUGGAGGUACUACACGAGUUCGACUCUGUCAAGAUCCCCUGGCAGCAUGCGGUAUCGGUACUGCCCGUUAUGCGAGCGCGCCAGUUUAGCAUCGCCAGCGGCGGAGAGAGGAAACGUACACCAGGCGGCCACACACAGUUCGAGCUGCUCGUCGCCAUUGUCAAGUACCAGACCGUGAUCAAGCGGAUCCGAGAAGGCGUCUGCACCAAGUACCUGUCCGUGCUGCAGCCCGGCAGCACACUACGGGUGCAGCUCCAACGCGGCGGCCUCAACUCCUCCGUUCAGCAGCUCACCGGCGCAACCGUGCUCAUCGGUCCUGGCACCGGCGUGGCGCCGCUGCGGUCAAUGCUAUGGGAGAAAGCGGCGCUUGUGAAAGCCUACCGCGAGCAGAACCCCGGGGUCGAACCCCCAAUCGGACCUACCAUCCUGUUAUAUGGUGGGCGUAACCGCACGGCCGAUUUCUUCUUCCAGGAAGACUGGGAAGAGCUCCGUGAACGGGUGCAGUUGCAGGUGUUGACUGCCUUUUCCCGCGACCAGAAGCAGAAGGUCUACGUGCAGGAUACCAUCCGGCAACACUUCGGGCUGUUCUUCCGACUUCUGCAUGACAUGGAAGGGUCGGCAUAUAUCUGCGGCUCCUCGGGCCAUAUGCCCCAGGCCGUUCGCGAGGCGCUCAUCGAGACGUUCCAACAUGGAGGCACGUCGGGACAUCCAUUCAAUCGGGCCCAGGCGGAGGAGUACCUGAUCGGGAUGGAGAAGAGUGGGCGGUACAAGCAGGAGACGUGGUAG